UCUAUCGCUCUAGCGAGGCUUGGGUUGCCAUAGUUUCCAAAAAUGGCCGAAGGUGAGUGUGCUUGUGACGAACAACGCCGCGAUCCUGCAUCGUCCAACGACGCUGGUGGUGAUACCUCUGCCGAUCUCCAAGAUGAGCCCCCGAAGCACAAGGUCAAAGCAGGGAAGAAGAAGAAAAUUCCCGGCGUCGUCUACUUGAGUUACAUACCGCCCAAGAUGAACGUCAAGACCGUGCGGAGCAUGUUGUCAAAGUACGGCGAACUAGGACGCAUAUUCCUGCAGCCGGAGAAAGAGCGUGGCAAGGCGCGGAACUUCGUCGAAGGUUGGGUCGAGUUCAUGGACAAAAAAGUGGCCAAGCGCGUUGCUGCCACCUUGAACGGCGUCCAGGUGGGUGGCAAGCGACGUGCGGAGUAUUACUACAGCCUCUGGAGCAUCAAGUACCUGCACCGGUUCCGGUGGACGCAUCUGAACGAGCGACUAGCGUACGAGAAAGCCGUAAGGGACCAGCGACUGCGCACCGAGAUCGCGCAGGCCAAGCGCGAGUCCAACUUCUACAUUUCGGCCGUUCAGAAGAGCAAGCGCCUACGGCGCGAAGCCAAGGAAGGUGGCGAGGACGACGCAAGCCUACAACGGUCGAUAGAUGUGAGGCAGCGCGCUACCGACGAUGAUAUCGUCGCGAACAGGGCAAGAAAGGCUGCAGAGGGAACUUCAAAACCCGCCGUCGACCUCGGCCUGCUGAAAAACAUUUUUGUGAGUGGUGUGGCAGCGGGCUCGGACGAUUCAGAGAACGAGCUUGGGACGUGAUUCAUUUGAAGUCAAUAAACUUCUUACAUGUA